GUCUCCCCAACACUCUACUCUCUCUCUCUCCCCAUCCCCCACUCUCUCUGCCCCCUCAUUCUCACCCCCCCCUUUCUCCCACCUGCAGUAACCAAUUGCUUCAUGUCAGCAGAAUGCUGGGAAGUUCCCUUCGAAGAGAUCUCGGAGCUGCAGUGGGUGGGGAGCGGGGCACAGGGAGCUGUCUUCCUGGGACGCUUCCGCGGAGAAGAGGUCGCCGUGAAGAAGGUCCGAGACCGGAAGGAGACGGAGAUCAAACAUCUCCGCAAGCUUAAGCAUCCCAACAUCAUCACCUUCAAGGGUGUGUGCACUCAGGCUCCCUGUUACUGCAUCAUCAUGGAGUACUGUGCACAGGGGCAGCUCUACGAGGUGCUGAGGGCAGGCAGGAAGGUCGCCCCCUCCCUUUUGGUCGACUGGUCAAUGGGGAUCGCUGGAGGCAUGAACUAUCUGCACCUCCACAAGAUCAUCCACCGAGACCUCAAGUCACCCAACAUGCUGAUCACCUCUGACGACGUGGUGAAGAUUUCUGACUUUGGAACUUCCAAAGAGCUGAGUGACAAGAGCACCAAGAUGUCAUUUGCCGGCACUGUGGCCUGGAUGGCUCCGGAGGUGAUUCGCAACGAGCCAGUAUCAGAGAAGGUGGAUAUCUGGUCUUUUGGUGUGGUUCUGUGGGAGUUACUGACGGGGGAGAUCCCCUACAAGGACGUUGAUUCAUCUGCCAUCAUUUGGGGUGUUGGCAGCAACAGUCUCCACCUUCCUGUCCCCACGGGCUGUCCUGAUGGAUUCAAACUGCUCCUGACGCAGUGCUGGAAUGGGAAGCCGAGGAAUCGACCCUCCUUCCGCCAGAUCCUCCUUCACCUCGACAUCGCUUCGGCUGACGUGUUGGGCACCCCGCAGGAGACCUAUUUCCAGUCCCAGGCCGAGUGGCGACAGGAGGUGAAGCAGCAUUUUGAAAAGAUCAAGACCGAGGGGACGUGCCUCCACCGGCUGGAUGAGGAACUGGUGCGCAGGAGGCGCGAAGAGCUCAGACAUGCCCUGGACAUCCGUGAACACUAUGAGCGGAAGCUGGAACGAGCCAACAAUCUCUAUAUGGAGCUCAACGCCGUCAUGUUGCAACUGGAGCUGAAGGAGAGGGAGUUACUCAGGAGAGAGGAAGCUCUGGACCAGACGCACCCCAAGGUUUUCUGUCCACCCCACCUCCGCCCGACCAAUUCUGUUGAUAAACUUCUGCUGAAACAUCACCUGACGCACAGCAAGAGGCCAGACCUGCUGAGGUCGGAGGUCACACUGCCGAAGCCGGAGGUCCGCUGGAGAAGGGCAGGGGGGUCUGUAGCUGGUAGGGUGGAUGGGGGAGAGGGGGGCUCCCCAGGUAGGGGCCGGACCCGGCCCAGGCCCCGCUCUCGCUGCCGGAGGGGGGCAACCAAAGGCAGCCGCGGGGAGGCUGAACUCUGUGGAGGCCUGGGGGUUUCGUCCUGCCCCUGCUCCUCCAAACUGUCCCCUCCCCCUGCACCAUGCCCAAGGGCUCCCACUCAGCGCCUCCUCCCUGGGUCCUUGCACUCCUCCAGCCCUGACUUGUUGUGGGGGGCCUUGGGCCCUGAGGCCUGUGGUAGGCUCCAGGGCCUGGGUCCACAGCCGAGCUCCAGAUCCGAAGCCAAGGAGGGGGUCCAGGCCAUGGGUAGAGGGACCGCACCGAGGAACCAGGCCACAGAGCUGGAGGGGCACAUGGAAGGUAGCCCUGAUGCUGUGGAGAGAGGGGGAGACAACGGAGGCCUGAGGCAGGAACCUACUGGCACUGGCAGAUGCAGCGAGACCCAGGGGCCAGGCCGGGGCGAGGACCCAACAUCAAGGAAACAGAGACUCUGCUCGUCUGAGGAAGAGGAAGGAGAGGUUGACAGCGAGAUGGAGUUUCCACGGAGACAGAGACUCCAGCACGACCUCAGUGCCUGCCCCUCCCUCUCCACCUGCAGCCUAGAGAAUGGUUCGGUCUCAGACGAGGGAAACAGCAGUGAACUCUCCCCUGAACUGCCUGGCACCCACACAGAGGAGAGAGGAGGGGAGAGAUCAGAUGAGCCCCACUCCCUGGGCUCCGAAGUUCUGUCUGACGGUCUGACUGAGAGGGGGGCUGUCCUCCACCACGACCGUUCCCGGAUCUGCCCUGGCUCCCUGCUCCCUAAGGGCACUGCUCCCGGCGAGGACUCAGACUGCGGUGUGCCCGACAUGGACAGCUGCCUUUCCGUGGAUACGCUGCUUCAGCCCCGGAGUUCCGCCUCAUGGUAGCCUCUGGAAUAGCUGGCCUGUAUAUACUUAAGUUUGGGAUGGAACUGCUCCAUCUCUUCUCCUCUAUUCCUUUCCCCACACCAUCCACCUUAUCGCGUGCUUCCAACGCUGGAAUGGAGACGGAACAGAGCACUCCACACGCGUGUAAUCAGGGAUCACACCACCUGCCGUGGACUCGACGCCCUCCUGAUCUUUUCACCGAGGACACAAAUAUCAUAUUUUAGGUGCUAAGUUCAACAGCCCCAAUUUGUGUGUGUGUGUGUGUGUGUGUGUGUGUGUGUGUGUGUGUGUGUGUGUAAGGGGGGAGAGAUGCAUUGGUCAGAAAGAACCCCUGCUUGUCUUGGCCCCCACCUCUCCAUGUGUGUAUGAAGGGGGAGUGAGAGAGUCUCUGUCCUGCCUGCCUCCCCCCCCCCCCCA